AUGAUCGUGGACGACGACGACGGCUGUUACAUCCAGAAGAAACCACCCUCUGGGGUGGAGCUGCCCACUCUGUCUUCUUCCGCCGCACCCAAACCUGAGCGCGCCCGCAGCAACACGUCCCAGGCCAAGCUACAGGCCAAGCGUCGCGUGGUGCGCAUGCUCAUGGUCAUUGUGGCGCUCUUCUUCGUUUGCUGGAUGCCGCUGUACGUCGUCAACACGUGGAAGGCCUUCGACGCGCGAAGCAUUGUGAGGGCGUUGUCUGGGGCUCCCAUCUCCUUUAUCCACCUGCUAUCCUACACCUCGGCUUGCGUCAACCCCGUCAUCUACUGCUUCAUGAACACGCGCUUCCGGAAGGCGCUGCUCUCCACCUUCUCCUGCGCCUGCUGCCAGAGUGCCUGCAGCAGAAGGAAGGAGCGUAACCCCGAUGACCGCUUCACCGCUAUGUCCACCGCCACCUCCAUGGCCACAUCCAUGUCCAAGAUCAGCUACACCACAGUUAGCUCCGUGGCUACGUGCUAA